AUGGAAUUUAAUUCACUGUUUAGAAGAUAUUUUAAAGAAUUGAAAGAUGAUAGUCAAGAUAAAGAAGAUGAUGAAUUCGCAGAGAUCGCCACCAUCAACCCCGUCAUUGUCGCCACUAGGUCCCUUCCAGCAAGGCGUUCCACGAGUAAUUCUGAUUCAGUUUACAACUGGAUGAAAAUUUUGAAGCGUUCCAUGGAUUCGUAUGGUGCUAAGUUUCCUUUACAGGGUAGAGACGAAACAAUGAGAGUAUUAUUUAAUGGUAAUGGAGCACGGGAAGGGUUGAAGGGAUGUGCCAAAGAUUUGAAAACCCAUGCUGAAAAUUAUACGAAUGACGAUGAACUCUUGGAUAGGAUCAAAUAUAGGAUGUAUGCUAUAAAUGUUACCUUUGGUAACGGUACUCCAGCAUCAGAGGAAGAUACAUCUAUAGGACAAAUAUCGGUUGUGUUGCAAAUACUCUACGAAAAUUUUAUCUCCGGAACUUUAGGCUAUGGAGAAUUCUUGGAGAAGUGUAGUUCGGGUCAUAACAAUCCAGUUCGUGAAAUUGUGCGUGCUGUUGAUGGAUUAAGUUGCCUGGUUCCAGAAUAUUCUAUGUGCCGAUCUUUGCUGGAACAAUUCAAGGUCUCUUGA